AAUUAUAUCGUCAACACAAAACUUUAAUUUCGUGGGUCGUUCUAAGUCGUUUCCGCGUUAACUCCCAUUUGUUGAUCCCUUCUUCUUCUUCUUCUUCUUCUUCGUCGUCGCAUUGAUUUGGUCCCUUGUAUUGUCAUUAAGAACCCAAUCUUCUUCUUUCUCAUCGUCUCCACUUCUUCUUCUUCGCUCAUCCAGAGGAAAGAAGGUUUAUUACUCAGCAAAUCUAGUUGUUACGUUAAGUUUCUGUGAGGUUAUUACUUUGAGAGACGAGACAAUGUUUGGUUUGAGGAAAUCUCCAGCAAAGCUUCCCAAGCACAACUCUGCUGACCCUGGCUUUCACAAAUCUUCCAAGCCCAAUCCUUUCGAUUCAGAUGAUGAGCUGGACAACAACAGCAACAAACACACACUUAACCCCUCCAAGAGGACUUCCUCUGAGCCUUCCUUGGCUGACAUGACCAACCCUUUUGACGGCGAGGAUAAGGUUGAGAAAGGGUUUACUUCGUCAUCCAAGCAGUCCUUGACUUCCAACUCCAGAUACCAGUACAAGAACAACUUCCGCGAUUCCGGAGGUGUUGAGAACCAGUCUGUUCAGGAGCUUGAGGGUUAUGCUGUCUACAAGGCUGAAGAGACUACCAAAUCUGUACAAGGUUGUCUCAAGGUGGCUGAAGAUAUAAGGUCUGAUGCUACUAGGACUUUGGUCAUGUUGCAUGAGCAGGGUGAGCAGAUCACCAGGACGCACCAUAAAGCUGUUGAAAUUGAUCAUGAUCUCAGUAGAGGUGAGAAGCUUCUUGGUAGCCUUGGAGGUAUGUUUUCAAAGACUUGGAAGCCGAAGAAGACUCGCCCUAUUAAUGGCCCUGUCAUUACUAGAGAUCACUCGCCAACGAGAAGAAUUAACCACUUGGAGAAAAGGGAGAAACUGGGACUGAACCCAGCACCAAAAGCACAAUCAAGAAGCAGAGAACCGCUUCCUGAAUCAGCUGAUGCGUAUCAGAGAGUGGAGAUGGAAAAAGCCAAGCAAGACGAUGGGCUUUCAGAUUUGAGUGAUCUACUAGGAGACCUAAAGAACAUGGCAGUUGAUAUGGGAAGUGAAAUCGAAAAGCAGAAUAAAGGACUUGAUCAUCUUCAAGACGAUGUUGACGAACUCAACUUCAGAGUGCAACAAUCAAACCAACGCGGCCGCCGCUUACUCGGAAAGUAAUGGACAGAGUUAUAUGCUCUCAUUAGUCAUUCAACUACUUCCUCUUUCGUUCCCUUCUUUGAUCUUUGUUGCUUAAAACUCAAAACUGUCAUCAUUGUUAUAUACGUUUCUAUGCUUGUAUUUGAUAUUAUUAUGAAAAAACCAAAAAUCUUGUUGUGCAAAACACAAGGUAUCUUGCUA